CCGACCAACUCCAGGCUGUCCCAGCCAUUUCUCUUCCCUCCUUUGCCAUUGUGAAUAAGAAUUCCCUCCGGCCACAGCCAUGUCCUGCUACGACCUCUGUGCCCCCACCUCCUGCGGCCCCACCCCGCUGGCCAACAGCUGCAACGAGCCCUGCGUCCGGCAGUGCCAGGACUCCACCGUGGUCAUCCAGCCCUCGCCUGUGGUGGUCACCCUGCCUGGGCCCAUCCUCAGCUCCUUCCCCCAGAACACCACCGUGGGAUCCUCGGCGUCCGCGGCCGUCGGGAGCGCUCUGAGUGCCGGGGGGGUCCCCAUCUCCUCGGGCAGCUCCUUGGGGCUUGGGGGCUUUGGCUACCCCGGGCUGGGCAGUGGCUACAGCCGGCCCUACCGGCGCUACAACCCCUCCCGCAGCGGCUUCUACGGGCCCUGCUAAGGCGGGAGGGAAAGCGGGAGGAAAAGACCAGGAAUGCUGAAUCCCACCCCGUCCCUGGAGCAGGACUGAGCUCACGGCUGCAGUUUUUGGAUGCCGCAUGAGACACCCCCAGGCUGGAGUUUAAGGAGCUGUGGGAGUUUGGCAUCUCCCCAAACCAGGCCUUUGCUUGUCUUUCGUUGUGCUUUACUUCAUAUUUCUGAUCAAAUGUCUUUUCCUGCUUUUUUGUUUGUUUUUGUAUUUGAUAAUAGGCAAAAUAUUAAUUGUUAGCAAUUGUUCUGCAUGGCUGGAUUAGCACAGGUCAUUCAUCAAUGAAGAAGGAAGAUUUCCACUUGCUGAGUGUGCCACUGCGAGAGGGAUGAGUGGGUUCUGUCCUUACUGGACCAUGGAAAUGUGUUCCUGACUUUCACAUUGCUUCCUUCCCUUCCUCAACCCAUUAAAUUGGUGCUGCAUCACA